GCCUAUAGUGGGUGCAGGCUCUUUGAAAUACAUCGUAGGGAAAUUACAAAUAUUCAGUUUCAGCUAUAGAUUGCAGAAAGUUUAAUAAUUACGAAAUUUCACUUCUAAAUGGAACUCUUUCACAAGAUUGUAAUACAGUGUGUAUUGUAUGUUGUGCUAUUAAAAUUGUUCCGGUUGACCCCACAAACAAAAGAUUUCUAGCAGAAAUGUAAAUGCGAAACAAUGUCUACAAAUUGGAGAUUACUUCCGGAAUUUCCCGAAUUCGGUGACUGUUCAACGAGUGUGUUUUAUCGUUGAGUUUUGAGAAAAAGGGAGUAUUUUACUUUAAGUUUGAAGCUGCAUUUGUGGCUGAUUGCACUUGGGAUAAUUUUAAAAUGCCAGUGUUUCACACGAAGACGAUCGAGAGCAUUCUAGAGCCGGUGGCUCAGCAGGUGUCCCGAUUGGUCAUUCUCCAUGAAGAAGCUGAGGAUGGAAACGCCAUGCCAGACUUGGCCCGACCGAUACAGACAGUUAAACUGGCUGUGGAUAACCUUGUCAAGGUGGGAUAUGACACAAUUAACAGCAGUGAGGACCAGAUUCUUAAGCAGGAUAUGCCCCCCGCUCUGAACCGUGUAGAGGAAGCUUCCCUGCUCCUCUUGCAAGCCUCUGAAAUGUUACGGGUGGAUCCUUACUCUGCUCCAGCCAGGAAAAAACUCAUUGAGGGAUCUAGAGGUAUCCUGCAGGGUACGUCUUCCCUAUUGCUGGCGUUUGACGAGUCAGAGGUCAGGAAGAUCAUCCGUGUGUGUAAGAACGUCCUGGAAUAUCUAGCCAUCACAGAAGUAGUGGAGAGAAUGGAAGAUUUAGUUACCUAUGUCAGGAAUUUGACCCCAGUGUUGACGCGAAUGACCAAAGAGGUGGAUGCCAGGGAGAAGGAACUGACCCACCAGGUCCACCGGGAGAUGUUGACUCGAUCUCUGGAGCAGGUGAAGAACCUCACACCUGUCCUGAUCAGUGGAAUCAAGACCUUCAUCACUGUUAAGGACUCAGGUAGAGAUGCCAAAGACACACAGGGAAACAGGGACUACCUGGUGAGGAAGAUGUCGGAUGAAAUCCACGAGAUAAUCCGCGUCCUUCAGCUGACAACAUAUGAUGAAGAGGAAUGGGACGCUGAUGACAUCACUGUUAUGAAAAAAGCUCAGAGCGGUAUUGAGCAGAAGAUGAAGCAAGCAACUGAUUGGCUACAGGAUCCUGCUGCUCUGAUUGGUAGUCUGGGUGAUAAAGCCCUUCACCAGGUUUUAGAUGAUGCCAGAAAGAUUGCGGAACGGUGUACCAACCCAGCAGACCGCGACCAGAUCCUCAAAACUGUUGGAGACAUUGAGUCUAUGGUUGAUGCACUGUGUGAACUGAGACAGCUCGGAAAGGGGGAUUCCCCACAAGCGAUGUCACUGGCCCGAGAAAUUCAGAAGAAGCUGGGAGACCUACAGAACUUGACCAAUGUGGCAAUAGUGAACACAGAGCGAAGUGGAAUUCGACGUCCAGCUCCCACCGUGGACGGGAAAGUGGAACAAGCCAGAACAUGGCUGGCCAACCCUGGGAUGGACGACAAAGGACUCGGAGAGCAAGCCACUCGCCUUGUGGUUUCGGAAGGGAGGAAAAUUGCUAAUUCCUGCACGGAACCCCAGAGAACGGAACUACUGCGGUUGUGUGAUGAGACAGAAAUUUUGACCAAUCAACUUGCAGAUCUCAUCAGAAAUGGCCAGGGAAAUUCACCCCAGGCCCGAGCCAUAGCCAAUCAUCUGUCAGAAAAACUGUUCCAACUGAAAAACAAGAUCAAAGAGGCUCUGAUCAACCAGGUGGCUGAGGAUUUCAUUGACAUCUCCACCCCACUGAAGCACCUUAGUGAGGCCUCGGUGAUUCCCAUGGGAACUCCUGGCAGAGAUCAGAAUUUUGCAGAGAAAUCUCAUAACUUUGAGGGGCAUGCCAACAAACUUGCUGAUACUGCUAAAAUGGUAGCCACUGCAGGCGGAUGUCGAAACAAGAAAACUGUGGAGGAGAUAUUCAAAACCUCAGCCCAGGUUGAUGACCUGACUCCCCAGGUGACAACGGCAGCCAAGAUUGUGUUUCAGGACCCUACCAAUCAGGCGGCCCAGGAACACUUUGACUUGAUGAAGAAACGCUGGAUGGACAACAUGGAGAGGCUGCGUGGAUUGGUGGAUGAAGCUGUGGAUUCAUCAGCUCUCAUUAAAGCAGAAGAGGAGGGAAUUUUACGAGACACGGAGAGAGUGGAGGAUGCAAUCCAGAUGAAGGACCCCCCACGAAUCGGAGCUCACGCCUCUAACAUUGCACGCCGAGCCAACCGUGUUUUGCAGGUUGCUCAGCAGGAGGCAGAAAACAGCGAAGACCCAAAAUAUGUGGAUCGUGUAAACGAAGCAGCGACGAAUCUCAGAUCAACCAUUGCACCAAUGGUGCAGGGUGCUAAGGGAGUGUCAUUGAAUCCCUCAGACACAAAUGCCCAGCAGAACUGGAGAAAGGCCAAUCAGAGUCUGAUUGGCGCUGUCCAGGAUGUGAGAGGAGCAGUGACUGUGGACACGGGAAUUGACCAGUUUCCUCCACCUCCACCCCCUGACCUGUCUGAGCUCAAAAUCUCAGACUUGUAUGGUCCUCCACGUUGGGAGCCAGUGGCCCCCAUUAGGGCCCGGCCUCAAGCUGCCCCGGUGAGCCCGCGACCACCUAGGGCUCCAGCCUUGUCCCCCCACAGCGACCCCUACUAUAGAAAUGUAUACACUAGAGUGCCGGACCAGUUUGCGGAUGGACCUGUGAUGUUCCAGCCACAAGCGACCCUUCGCCAGGACCCCCUGUACCAGGGACAGUCCUGUGCCCCAUUGGUGCCCCCACCCCCCGUACCUCCACCCCCACAGGAGUACGGGUUCUAUGACAGAGAUGGCGGUGCCCCACCUCGCCCCCCACUCCCUACGGACAAUGCCACACCACCCAGACCUCCACCCCCAGAGACAGAUGAUGAGGAUGAGGCAGCUUUCCCCACCCCACAAGCCAAUCAGCCAAUCAUGAUGGCAGCCCAUGCCCUCCACAUGGAGGCCAAGCAAUGGUCCAGUAAAGACAAUGACAUUAUUGCUGCUGCCAAGAAAAUGGCUCUGCUGAUGGCCAAACUCAGUCAGCUAGUCAGAGGGGAGGGAGGAACGAAGAAGGACUUGAUAGCCACAGCCAAAUCCAUUGCAGAGUCCUCAGAGGAAGUGACUCGUCUAGCCAAGAAACUUGCUGCGGAGUGUACCGACAAACAGAUGAGAAAGAAUCUGUUACAAGUGUGUGAGCGAAUUCCGACAAUAGGGACACAGCUGAAGAUCCUGUCUACAGUCAAAGCCACCAUGUUAGGAGCUCAGGAACCCAUACCCAGUCCAGAUGGCAGCGAGAUAGAAUGUGGUUCAAAAGAAGAUCAGGAAGCCACGGAGAUGUUGGUUGGAAAUGCCCAGAACUUGAUGCAGGCGGUGAAGGAAACAGUGCGAGCAGCAGAGGCUGCCUCCAUAAAGAUCCGCGUGGACUCGGGCUACACAAUCCGCUGGUUGCGCCGGCGCCCAUGGUACACUUCAUGAGUAUGGUACCACUAGGAUCUUCUAUUAUACUGGACAGGGUGCCCAGCGGCAGCAGUCCGAUGUGGGGCCCAGUAUGAUGUAACAUGUAUUGGUGUCAAGUGUGUGGGACAUAUCUACUAUUAUUUACAUAGCUUGUAUCUGGAACUGUGUACAAGGUUCUGGAGAUUUUUUUUUUAAGUAUAUAUUCUUUCUUUCACCAUUUUGUCUGCUUAAAGUACAGAGUAAAAUACUGCUGAUUCUGGUAGCUGUUACAAAGAAUAGCAUGUAAAGAGUCUACCAAACCCUUGUGAAAUUUCAAGUGAUAAAUCCUGUAGAUCUGUGAUGGUUUUUUCAUCAAAUUAUUUUUAUUUGUGAUUUUGUUAUGUGUUAGUUAUUUUUAUGUCUCUGCAUUAGUUAUGUUUUUAAUAAAGAGAUAUUUUGGUAUUGAAAUCAGUGGGAAAGACAUUUUGAGUGGGUACAAAUGCAUGUACUGUGAUGGUAAAGAAUCAUUUGUCAAGAGAGUGAAUGGAGAAUUGUGAUGACUUCAUUAUCAAAUUAAUAUGAUGUUCAAUAAUUGAACAAAGAUCAGGUUCCCUGGUCCCACGAAGAUGGUGCUAUUUAACUUUGGUGUGUUAUAGAUGUUGUAGAAUUUAUCUAUUUUAAUGGAUGCUUAGUGCUUUUUUUUUCAAAAUUAAUUAAUAUUUUGUGACUGUUUUGUUUAUAAAGAAAAGUGCCUUUAUUUCAGAUUGCUGACUUUGAGUAAAGGAGGAGAUAGUUUGCUUAUUGUAUAUAUAGUGUUCUGUUUGGAUUUGAAUCGUUAAUAGUAAUUCUGUUGAAAUGCACGUCCACGUGAAACAAAAUUUGAGGUAAAUUAUUCGUAGAGGAAAUGCAUGUGUUAUGAAGAUUACUGAUGAUCCCGAGUUUCUGUGGGUCGGAAUUUCGUACCUAUUGUCAGUAUUACAGUGUGAUUGUGAAGGGAUUCUAAUGUUCAUUAUUACAUCACAUGAUUUUUGUCAGGUUCACGCGAUGGAUUUGAAACUACAUGUAGGUACAUGUUCAUAAAACUAAUUAAAAAAAAUUUCCUGAAUGAAUUCUGAAAAUAUGAAAGGUACUUAAUGACACAGAUAACCAAAAAUAGACUGGAUGUGAUGUCUCCAUCAACAGAGUCCUUAAUAACUUAACAUGUGGAUAUAUAUCGUAUACAUUUAAUAUUUUCAGAAAUAUUUUAUGUUAGUGCAAAUUUACCUUCUCGAUGUUUUAUUUUGAUAUGGAAUCAGUCACCUCACAGAAGGGACUAGCCACAGAAAUUUUUUAGUGAAAUUUGGCCUGGUAAUCCAUGUCUUCGUAUUUUGUCAUAGACACAGUAUUGGCCAAUAUUCUUGUGGAAACAUUUUGUACACUGUGAAAUAGUAUUGAUAUUAUUGUACCCAGGUAAUGGUCAGUGCCUACUACAUAUUGGUACAUAUACUUAUCUGUACAUUCAUACAUUUUUAGUGCAAUGUAUAUUUGUGUCUCCUGCAAAUUGAAGCGACAUUUAGGGAUUACUGUGUCCAUUGUCUGUCCGUCUUUCACACACUAGAACUUUGAAAUAUGUAGGUAUAGAUAGGACUUUGAUAUUCAACAAGUAUGUGAGGGUCCUAUAACAAUAGAAUAAUCACUGAUGCCCUCGCAGGUGACAAGUGUUGCUUUGAACACUGUAGCUAGAAACGAUACAAUAAUCAAGGCAAAACAUAUUUAGUGCAAUUUACCAUGCAAUUGUAAGAUUUUGUAUACUGAAUAAAAAAGCACCGUAAAUACAGUU